CUCUUUGACCCGUCAAUCAUAAUUAUCAUCAAAAGAAAGAAAUAUAAUUAGAGUGUGCUGUUGUUCUUAUACAUAUAAUAUUCCUUUCCCACCCUCUUCUUGCCUCUUUCAAUUUAUAAAGAACCUUUCAAUGUUUCAAACUCCUAAUUGCUUCUUUGCAUGAUUCAUACCUUCUUUUUCUUUUCCCUUCUCUCUCACUCUCUCUCUCUCUGUCUCUGUCUCUCUGUCUCUCUCUCUCUCUAUAUAUAUAUAAACAAUUAAUCUCAUGCAAUAUUAUUAUUAUUGCGCCUACAAAAUUUUGUCAAGAAGAAAGUUAUGGUAGAUUUAGAGGAUUUCUUAUGGGGUUUCUCUAUAAUUAUAUCUAUUGCCUUUUGCUUUUUUCAAAAUCUAAAGAAGGCCAUUUCUAUGGCCUCUUUAUGCCUUAAAUCUACGUCUUCUUCUUCAUCUUCUCCUUCUUCUUUGUCUUCUCCUCUCUCAUGGGUUAGUCAGUUUCAAGGAAAUAAUAAUAAGGCUUCAAAAGAAAUUUCAAAGGGUUCGCAUGAAACCCAAGUGGGGGAGAAAAUAUUCAUGCAAGAAAAUUUGCAUUUUGAAGCAUAUCAAAAGGCUUUGCAUGAUAAUUAUUUGUUAAAAGAUAACAAUAAUAAAGAAUUAGGAAUAGGAAAAGUUGGAAAUGUCAAGUUGAAGAAGAGGCCUGCAAGAUUGGUUGUGCCAGAAUAUUGUCCUAACAAAUUGGAAUUUGGUGAGAAAGAUAGAAAAUUAGAGAAUAAGGAAUUUGAAGUUGAAGGGAAAUAUUUCUGUUUGGCUAGCAAGAAAGGAAGAAGACAGGUCAUGGAAGAUGGAUAUGCGGUCAUGACAGAUAUUCUUGGUGAUGCAAAGCAGGCAUGUUUUGCUGUGAUUGAUGGGCAUGGAGGGCGAGCAGCAGCAGAUUAUGUAGCAGAAAAUUUAGGAAAGAACAUUGUAAAAGCAAUGGAAAGUUCAGGAAAGGAAGAAGAUGAUAAUUGUCAAUUAGUUGAACAAGCCAUUCAUGGAGGGUACCUUGUUACAGAUAAGGACUUUCUUAGCCAGGGUGUAAGUAGUGGAGCUUGUGCUGCAAGUGUUCUAUUCAAGAAUGGAGAAUUAUAUGUGGCUAAUGUGGGUGAUUGUAGAGUAAUUUUGAGUAGAAAAGGAGUAGCUGAGACGUUAACAAUUGAUCAUCGACUUAGCAGGGAAGAUGAACGCCUUCGCAUCGAAAAUUCUGGUGGUUUUGUGCAUUACCGGAAUGGAAUAUGGAGAGUUCAAGGUUCACUUGCCAUUUCUAGAGCUAUUGGAGACUCACAUUUGAAAGAUUGGAUCAUUUCUGAUCCUGAGAUUAAAAGGCUACCACUAACUUCUGAUUGUGACUUCUUGAUAAUGGCUUCUGAUGGAUUGUGGGAUAAGGUGGAUGUGCAAGAAGCAGUUGAUGUAAUUUCAAGAGACAAGAAUUCAGUUGAGUCUUGCAAAAAGCUUGUAGACAUGUCUUUUAGCAGAGGCAACAUGGAUGAUAUUACUGUGAUGGUAAUAAACCUUCAAAAUUUCAUGGCAAAUUAAUGGUGUUGUUAAUUAAUUAUUAUUGGUUUUAUUCAACAAUGUAUAUAUAUUUAGAAAUUAUUUCUUCAUUUAAUUGUUUGUGGGAAAGAAAUUUUCAAUUGAGAGUGGACCUUUUUGUAAAUCUAGCAAAGAAUUUUGCAAGGUAAAAAUUAGAAUUCAACUACAAUAAAUAGAACAGAACUUCAGAUUUUGAUGGCUAUUACACAGAGAAAAAAAAAAUUUUUUUA